UACGUCGAAGAAGACUACCCAUCGGAAUCGCCGGCACCGGCCAAACUCAGACGUGAGGAAGAUCAAGAAUUGUCUGAGGACUAUCUGGAGCAACGCCGCAAACGCGAGACUCGCCAAAGCACACCAUGGCGAAAGUUCAACCGCAAGUCCAAAGACUCGGAACGUGUUGUCCGCGAAGACCGGCAAGAGAAGAUGCGUGCAGAAGCACUUGUCACAACAGGCUUGAAGCUGGUCCCGUGGAAAAAGAAGCGUGAUAAGUAUGAGGAUAAACUGAAAGCCAAUGCCCAGCGUAUGGGGCUGAACUGGCGUUCACUAGCGGUGACCUGGAUUGAGUCUGCUGAUAGAAGCUUGUUGGAAGCGAGCUGCUCGUACCUGUGGCACAUCGAUCGCUACGCUCUGGACGAAAACGAGUUUCAGGCGCGCAUCCACAAGAUCGUCGGGGAACCGGUCAACAAGUGGACCCUUACCAAGUCGAACAAGUGGACCCUUACCAAGUUGGAUAUGCUGGAAUAUUGCAAAGGAUUACGGGUUGACCCUCUGGGGGACACCGCGAGCAGAACCGUUGGGUUCAUGGUGAAAAUCUAUAAUGUUAUCGACUGUCAAGAGCCGCAGCUGAAGUCUCCGACCAUGAUGAAGACGUUUGUGAAGGCGAUGGCGUCGUGCAUUAACCCUCCGAGAGUCCGAAAAAUGGUUGAAGAGCAAAUGAAGACGGUUGAAACCAACACCUUCGUUCAGUUUGCAACUGUCCUCAGUGAACAACUCGAACGUGCUUACCAAGCCGAUCUCGUGAACAAUUCGCGUGGCUGGAAGCGUCAUGUCGAGACUGACGAGGCUGAAAAGCGCAAAGACAAAUACAAGUUGCGUGAAUACAGUUGCAAGGGGCCAGCCGCGGGUUGGUUUCACAACUCGACUGUACGAACGUACUGA